AUGGCCUCAUCUACGUGUGGACAUUGCUAUGGCUAUCCCCAUCCACAAGGUCAAGCCAGCUGUCCUGCGCGCGGUUCCCAGUGUCAUUCGUGCAGAAAAAUGAACCAUUUUGCCCGUUGUUAUCGUUAUAAACUUGUCAGACCAAGAUGAAGGACUUUCAAGUUCAUCUACAUAUCGAUCCCUCCCGCACCCCCCGACCCCCGUGACGCAACCUCAUCGGAGAAUUCCGUUCCACCUUCGCAAAAAGCUCGAUUUCGAACUUGACAAACUUGAACGCCAGGGUAUUAUCGAACCGGUUGAUGGCCUAACUCCGUGGGUGUCCCCUCUCGUUGUGACACCAAAACCAAAGAACCCUGAUGAGAUUCGCCUUUGUAUCGAUAUGCGCCAACCCAAUCGUGCAAUCCUUCGUGAACGUCUUCUUACACCCGACUAUUGA